GCUGGCUGGCCUUCACCACUGCACUGAGGCCUAACUAUCCACUGGAUGUUUCAAUGUGCAGAUGCAAUGGAUGAAUUCAGGGUACGUCCAUUCGACAACAUUUCACUUCCCUGCCACUUUUCCUUUGUGGAUAGCACAGAUGGCUUGACCUUCACCUGGGAGAGGGAAGAUAUCAAGGAAGAACAUGAAGUAGAAGAUAAAGAAUUUUAUAAAUUUUUUGUUGGACUCCAGGAUUUUUACCAGUUUUACCCAAAGUUGAUAUAUAGCUUUAACAAUAACAAGGAAGAGCUGGAGGAACGGAAUUCUCUGUAUGAGGGAAGAGUCUGGGUCGAUGAGGAGGAGAUUCCCGAAGGCAGCCUGACACUCAUAUUGGAGCAAGUGCAGUUUUCUGAUGAGGCCAUGUAUAUAUGCAAGGCCACCAAUUCAAGAGGCAGGGGACAAAGAAAAAUGAAACUCAUCGUGGAAGAUGCUGAAGAGCCACAGGUGCAGUUCAGCACAGUCAAUGAUACACUGGUGGCCAAGUGUAUCUCAGCAGGCUGGUACCACAUGCCAAAGGUAACCUGGCGUAACCGCAGGGAAGAGGAUCUGUCCAGCUACUCCACAACAGAGAUCCUGGAAGAGAAGCAAGAUGGGUCCCAUAGGGUGGUUUCCAUUUUGAAAUACCCCGUAUUGCUUCAUGAGAUCUAUACAUGUCACAUUGAAGAAGAAGAUGUGCUUAACAGACCUGUCAGAUCCAUCCAUAAAGUCCCAAAGAGGAAAUACCAUAACAUGUACAAUAACUAUUAGAAAGACAAGCCACCUGCAAAGAUCAGCUCCUAUUGCUUUCAUCGCAUAUACUUUUCAGCUUUACACGUUAUCUGAAGGCAGCAGAAAGAAGAAAAAUGUAGACUAGAUGAUAGCAAAACCCUCCACAGUGCAAGGAGGUGGUUAUAUUCUUGAAUGUAUUAAAAGCAUGCCUGCACAAAAAACCCACAUGAAAUGAUUGUCACGUUUGCCUUGUUGUUGUUCUUAGGCACAGAAAGUACCUGCGAAUCUCUGAACAAUAAAAUCCAAUAAGGCCAA